AUGGUGCCGUCUCCUACGCGGCUGAGAGUUCUUUCAGUUGGCGGGAACGCAGUAUCGGCAUUUUUAUCUUGGCGACUUCAGGCUACGAAUGCUUGUGAUGUGACGUUAGUUUGGAAGUCAGGGUUUGACGUUGUAUCUCAGUACGGAUUAUCAUUCAAAUCAACCUCUUUUGGAAAUGAAAGGUUCAAACCUCGACAUGUUGUGAGAGCACCUGAAGAAGCAGCCAAUAGGAAGAAAGGUGCAUUUGACUACGUUCUACUCUGUGUAAAAGCUUUGCCGGAUGUAUACGAUUUAGCAUCAAUAAUAGAGUCCGUCGUCACUCCUCAGCACACUUGCAUUCUUCUCAACACCACGCACACUCUAGGGGUAGAGGCACAGUUGGAAAAACGGUUCCCAGGAAAUGUCGUAUUAUCCCUAGUUUCUGGCGCCGAAAUAACACAGUUAGGCGCGGGUGAAUUCGAACACAAGGGGUCAACUGAUAUCUGGGUUGGACCAGCAAAUAGUAGUUCAACUAUUCCGAGCUCGACUCAGAGUGAUAUGGCCAACGCAUUAGCAAUGACCCUAAGUAGUGGUCAGGUUAAUUGCCACGUCUCCAGUAACAUUCGACAGCAGCAAUACGAGAGAAUGAUAGGUCCUAUUGCUUUUCACCCCAUGAGUGUGAUAUUUGAAACGCCUUCUCACGCUGUUCUAGUAGAAAAAAUUGGCGUGAGAGUAAUGAUUUCCGAUGUCAUAGACGAACUAUUGUCAAUAGCUAAAGCUCAAGGCUGCAGCUUCCCAACAGAUUUCAAAGAAAAGACUAUUGAGGAAAUGCUCCGCCCUAUUGAUUCGAAUAGCAUCAUGUACCAAGACUUUAUAGCCAAAAGACCGCUCGAAGUGGAAACGUAUCUCGGAUCGCCGAUAAAGCUUGCACAGAGCAAUAACAUACGGGUGCCCCGGAUAGAGACUUUGUAUGCCAUCUUGCACCAUUUGAACAUUGUAAAUCAACAGAGGAAAGAUUUUCCCACAGUAACUUCGUCUGGAAACACGAUCGGUGUAAGAUCAUCUGUGCCACCACCACGACUCAUGAACGGGACGCCAGUCAAUUGUCAAUCAUCGGGUCCACCUAGCUGUUCAACACCUUUACCAGUCAUAAUGCCACCAUCUGGCCCUCCUACGGCUGGAAGAGGAAGAGGUAGGGCCUCAUCCAUGAACGGACCUCCGCCAGGGAUGGUCCGUAGAGGCCCUACACUGAGUAGCAUGAACAGUGUACCGCAAAACGGAUAUGGAAGAUCUAUGAGUGCUUCAAACACACACCCGCCUCAACGAAACCUUUCGAGGAGAGGAUCCCUCGAGGUAAAUGAUCUCGAAGAAUUCAGUCAUUUAGUAUUAUACGAUGAUAUACCAGAAUCUGGGGAGUCAGCCUACGGUGUCGAUGUAUCAGAUCUUGCCUUGCGAGAACGAGAACUAGCAUUGCGACAGCGAGAAUUAGCUCUCCGCGAGCAAGAAAUGCGCUUAAAGAUUAACGGGAAUCCUGCUAGGGGACCUCGACGUGGGCCACCUACACCUUCGGUACGGAAUGGAGGCUUCGACGAAGACGAUGAUGAUGAUUACUUUGAACCAGUCGAUAGUAAUACUUUGCCCACAAUUGAUCCUGAUAACUUUGACAUGAUGAGCGUUACGUCCAGAAGACACCGGAAAGCUACACCUAACCAGAGGGAGAUCAGAAAAAAUCCUGAAUUUGGUGAUGUGGCACCUGCUCCAGUACGACGAUCUAACGUCUUCAGCUUUCGUCAAGGAUUCUCCAGAAAUAGAGCUAGCGCAAGGAUGACUAGUCCGAUGCCAGGAUUACACGUGAAUCUUAUCGAUGACCCUCUCCUUGGAUAUUCGUCUAAUCGCUAUGGUAACGUUGAUCGCGCACAAAUGGGUCUUGAAUCCAGGUCGAAUUCCCUUACUGCGGCGAGACUGGAUGAGCUACAGAGUACCGGUAAUGUGCCAACGAAUGUUGGUGGCCAUUAUCAAAGAAGGACGAGUAACUCACCAGGGAACCCGUACGGGUUAGGAGCGGGCAGGGGGGGAAGCAGAAGACCUUCUCCAUCUAAUGGGGAAAUGGGUCCACCAGGAAAUGAUAGAACCUCUCCUCCGGGCGCCGUACGACAGCCCGUUCCUAGGCAUCCGCCUGGACAAGCGAACUUGGUUGCACCGCAUCAAGUAGAGCAAUAUGCUGGGGUGAGCGCCCUCCAUCCACCUAAGGGCCCCGUAAAUUUUCGGAGUUUGACGGGUAGUGCGAGUGCUAGCGCAGCGAGUGGCGAUAGCGCGAACAUUGACUCUGAACCAUCUGCUAACAGCAGUCAGAGCAGCUUUGGACCCCGACCGCCAAUCGGUGUGAGAUAA